CUCAUUCCGAGCUUCUGUUACGCUGCGCGCGCGCGCGCUAAGUUUGGUCUGUACGGCUUGCGUGUACGAUGUCCCAAAAAGCGAAGCAGAAGUUCCAUUGCCUGUUGGAUAGUCUCAUUGCGAUCGACAAUCGUAACCUUGAUGGUCUGGUGGAGGUGAAUUAUGAGGCCCGUCAAGCUUCUGGGGGUUUUGCGUGCACCUUCAUUGGAGUCUAUAAACAAUCUCAGCAAUAUGUCUGUGUCAAAGUCCUUCAUCAGGUGGACGUGAUGGAUGAUGUCAAAUUUCGCAUCUUUUCUCGUAGACUAGAAACCGAGUUGAAAAUUUGGCAGGAUCUACGUCAUCCGAACAUCGUAGACCUUCACGGUUGGACUAUCGGGUUAGGUAUGGCGGAUAGGCUAACUGCCAGCUUCAUUUCCACCUGGUGCGAGGGGGGUGACGUGAAGAAGUAUCUUCGUAAUCACCCACUUGCUGAUCGCGGCCGGAUUAUUUGCUCGGUUGCGGAAGGUAUUGCCUAUCUCCACUUAAGAGGGAUUGUUCAUGGAGAUAUCACUCCGCGAAAUGUGGUGAUUGACCACGAGGGAUCAGCGAAGCUAUGCGAUUUUGGGGUUUCAUCUAUCCUUGGCGAUAGGUCCACGUAUGCCGAAGGGUCGAGUGCGAUUCGUAGCCCGCGUUUUAUGGCUCCCGAGCUCUUCAACGCCGAUGACAACGAGGUUCACCGAGAUGAAAGGAGCGAUGUGUGGGCAUUCGGAUGCACAUCUGCUGAGAUUCUUAGCAAUCAGCCCCCCUAUCACGAGUUACGUGAUGUUCAUGUCAUGUUUGCAAUAGUGAGAAAGACACCUCCGUAUACCUGGGAUCCACCAGAUGAGGUUGGGAGAGUUAUUGCACAAUGUAUGGAGUUCCAGCCAAAUUUGCGACCGGGCAUGCUGGAAGUAACUACGUCUUUCAGACACCUCGGCCUAGUGAUCGGAGAUUCUACACUUGCCCAACCAACUCGUGAAGUCGCGUCACCACCUGGCGGAUCAUACAGUGCUUUGCCGCCGGAGACGUCGUCAACAAAGGCAGAUGCCCGCGACACGCGUCACUCCAACUAUGAGCCUGACAUCCUCGGUCACAUCCCACACGAUGCAUACACAAUCUGCACUCUCGAAAAGUUUUGCAUGGACCUCCAGCGUAGUUCACUGGCACGAAAGGCACAGAUUGUGUCGCUCAAACGAUAUGGCAAGAUAAGUGGCGUCCCUCAUCGGUUUUUGAUCCUUGACGUCGAGCAACUUCAUGGUCACGGUGGCGAGUUUUACAUCCGUCUUGACCGGCGCCAUGACAAGAGGAUCCCAUUCUGGAAGUUUGUAUUAAAGGGCGGGGUUUCCGACGCUAAGGAUUUUGUAAGCUUUGUCGUUGCAUAGCCUCCAUAUUGCUCAGUUUCAGCAAUUCAGGCGAGCUUCUCACGUAAUGCAGAAUGUCUUCGUGACUAUGCUCCAGAAGCAGAAGCAAUCAUGACUUUUCCAGCUUCUGUGCCACUGGUUAUGUUCACCCGGCUGCUCGAGG